AUGCUCUCCCCUCCAGCUGUGGUUUUGCACCCCUACAGCCUGCCUGUCUACCCGCCGGCACCCCAGUGUUACUCCGGGCUGGUUCAGGUACGAAUGUUUGUCUUCCUAUCUAUGCAUGCGAGUGUGUUUGUGUGUGUGUGUGUGAGAGAGAGAGAAAUGGAGUGAGAUUUGUGUCAUUGACAGGGCCCAGCUGCGGCUGGCUGGUGGUCUUGAGGGGGGACAGCUGAUAAAGUCUCCCGCAACGAUAAAUCCCUUCGUUCCCGGCGAGUUAUUUUUACAGAAUUGCUCAGAGAAAGAGAGAGAAAGUCCUUUCCUUGUAAGGGGAGAGAGAUUCACGGCUCCGGUGGGAAACACGGAGAUCAAUCCAUUUUGUACCUGAUUCCGUGGGUUCUGUAGAGCAGAUGGACUCUGUCAGCGGGAAGGCCCUGCAAACCUAAUGGGAGAAGUCUCCGCGGAUUUAAAUUACGUGCCGGUUUAAAAUGGUGGUGUCAUAAAACAGCCUCUGACUUUGGUGGAUGCAGCCAGAUAAAUCCGAAAGGAGAGGAAGACAUUACAUGUGAAUAAAGAGAAGGGACAAACUCUGGCAACUGGCUCUCUCUUGGGGGCUCACUGCCUUCUGGUUAUGUCCACAAGCCUUAAGCCCCCUAAGCUGACGGUGGCUUCCAGGUUCUUUAUAAUGUCAUGCCAUAUCUGAGUCCUUCUGAGUGAAGGGUCAUUUCUGGUACAGUGGUACCUCAGUUUAAGAACAGCCCUGUUUACGAACAAUUCUGUUUACGAACUCCACAAAACUGGAAGUAGUGUCCUGGUUUGCGAACUUUACCUCGGUCUAAGAACAGAAUCCGAAUGGUGGAAGGGCACCGGCAGCGGGAGGCCCCAUUAGGGAAAGCGCACCUCGGUUUAAGAAUGGUUUUGGUUUAAGAACAGACUUCUGGAACGGAUUAAGUUCGUAAACCGAGGUACCACUGUAUUCUUGUAGGAAACAAUACACAGGUUAACAUGAAUGCUCUAAUCUCCCUCAUAGGCUGGGUACAGACCAUACAUUUAAAGCUCCCCCCCUCAAUAAUCCUGGGAACUGUAGUUUAUAGAGCUACAAUUCCCAGAACCCUGGAUUCUUUGGGGGGCAAAUGUGCUUUAAAUGUGUGGUGUGUAGUAAGCAGCCAGAGACUUUAUCCCUGCUCAGGCUGAAUAUCUUGGAAGAAAGGUGGGACACGUGUGAAUAAUAAUAAUAAUAAUAAUAAUAAUAAUAAUAAUAAUAAUUUUACUGAGCAAAUGAAGUGGCAUUUGCAGGCAUAGUGAAAGAUAUUUUGACACCUGGUUGGUUUCACCACAUGGGUGGUGCCCCUUAAGAUCCCACAUGGUUAUGCUGAGGUGCAACCACAUGAACUUUGAGCUACUUCACUGGUGCCCUUAACAACAUGGCUGCCCUCAGCAACUACAUGCACUGCUGGGCAGGCCCUCUGUAUUUUGCACACUGAGAGGAAUGACACAGCUUCCAUAUUUUCGCUUCUUCUUUCCCCUCUGUGUUUUUGAUUUUUGUGUGCAUUAUGAACGUUGGUGCACAAGGGACAAAGGAUUUAAAGGUGCGUGGCCAAAAUGACAAAGCUGAGGUUCCUGCAGAAUGAUUUGUGGCUGACAGUUUCUCUCUGUGACCCUCAUCUGCUGAACAGUGCAGCCGAACUCCCAGUUUAUUUUCUUAGAUAAUUUUUAUUGAGGUUUUCAGGUUUUACAUUUCCACAUGAACAUCUUUCAUGAUACACAUACAUUCCCUCCUUCCCCUUCCAAGGUUCUUUUAAUUUACCCAUAAUUCCUGCAUAUUCUUAUAUAUCCAUCUAAACCACUACCCCAUUUUACAUCCCUUUUAAAUAUGUUAAGCUGCUGAAUUUACCUUAAUACUGCCAGCGUUUUCAACUGUGUACAGUUAUUUUCCACUUACUAAAAAUAAAAUAAAAUUCCACCCCUCUUUAAAUACCUGUUCUUCUUGCUCUCUUAUUCUGCUAACUCUACAUAUUCUAUCAUAUUAAGUUGCCAAUCCUCCUUACUAGGGACCUCAUUCACCCUCCAUUUUUGGGCUAACAAUAUCCGAGCCGCUGUUGUCGUUCCUAGCAAGAAUGCCUCUGUUUUUUGGGGGGCACAUUGUUUUAAACAAUUUUUUCAUCUCAUUAUAUAUCAUCUCCCAAUAUUCUUUAACUUUUUCUGCAUGUCCACCACAUGUGAAAGAAGUUUAAACUCCCAAGUUUAUUUUCUUUUAUUUUUGUAACCAGGGGCAACAACUAUAGAGGGUGGGACCCUGGCCCCCUCAAUAUUUUUGGGCAGGGGGCUGAGCCUCCCCCGCCACCGACAGGCGGGGGCUCGUGCGCUUGAGGGGGUGGGAUUCUGGGCUGCCUCAAUGUGGCGUGCAAGUCGGUGCCCCUUUUUGUAACUAUGUUUUUUUAGCCCACCUUUUCCACUGCAGCUGUAAUAAGUGCUCAAAGUCACACACAGAAGUGACUUGUUUCACGAGCAACCUUGAACACUAGACGGUAGUAGAUUCAAACCCAUGAAAAGACACAACUUAAAAAAUGAGACAACAAAACUACGAGUCACGAGUCAACAAAAGCAGAAUAUGAAUGUCUCUUUGGAACAGCAGCAAUGAUAAACUGUGGCGCAACGGAGGCAUUUUGGUGUCUGAGGCAAAACAACAACAACGACACCCAAAUGGCUGAUGGUAAUCAAUGCCACGAUUGAUAAUUGAUCAAUAAUUGACUACAGUAAAACCUUGGUUCCUGAACUUAAUCUGUUCUGGGAGUCUAUUCGACUUCUGCAAUGGUUUGGGGACCAAGGCACGCCAACCCACGCCAGAUGUUUGGCUUCCAAAGAACGUCCAAAAAUCAGAACAAUCACUUCUGGUUUUCGAUUGUUCGGGAGUCGGAACGUUUGCCUCCCAAGGUGUUCAGGAGCCAAGGUUCCACUGUAUUUGCUGCCAGUAAACCCCCCCCCCCCCCCACAAAAGACAUGACCUGAGAGGCCCCCUUUUCGUGUGCCAUUAAAAGUUUACAAAUGAUCAGUUGUUGCUUUAGUAUAGGCAGAGGGACAGGACACCCGCUUUGUGAUUUUCUGCCUCAUGCAUUCAUAAUAUCUCAGACGGCCCUAAUUGCCAACCGAAAAGCUGGCAGAACAGAGAAUCUUGACAAGCUUUCUAAAUAUUUGCAUCUGUCAUUUCACACAUAUUGUGAGAGGUGCGAAAAUAUUCAGGGGAAAAAUUGCAGGGGAAAUCCUACUGAAGUAUAUUUGGCAAGGGAUAAGCUGAUACAAACAUCAGUGCUCAUCCGUGGCUGGAAUAAAAAGUGUUCCAGAUGAUAUGCAGGCUGGGGCUUUGUCAAAAAGAAGGAAAUCUAACAGCUUGGUAGAACCUCUGCACAUAUGGAUCUGGCAUGAACAAGGCAUGAUCACAAGCUGUAGAAAUCAAAGUGGGACUGCUGUAUUUAUUUCUUUAUUAUCUUUGAAACUGCUUAACAUUUCAAAAAACUUGGAUUGAUACACACACACACACACACACACACAUAUACACACACUGAAAACCAACGACUAUAUCAUCAAAAGUAUUAAAACACAACCUAAAACAAAUUAAGACAACAAUUUACAAACACAUACAUAUAUGCUGUAAGCUGCCCAGAGUGGCUGGGGAAACCCAGCCAGAUGGGCGGGGUAUGAUGAUGAUGAUGAUGAUUUCACAUGAGAUCAUCUGCAGGAGUAUCUUUGCUCAUUCCCUGAAUUGGUGAAGCUCCUUUGACAACAAUGAGAAACUAAGCCUUUAGUGUCAUUGGCUCAGUCCUGUGGAACACACUGCCACUUGAAAUUCAGUGGGUGCCCCCUGUGCCAACUUGUAAACACCUGCUGAAAACUUUCCUAUUCUGCCAGGCCUAUGCAGGCAAUUAAGAGUACAUCCCCUCACAGAUGUCGAUUGCUGUUUGCGUUUAAUUUGUUCUAACAUGUAAAUCCGGGUCCAAGCCUGCCUGAGCAAAAGGGCAAGCCUUCACAAGACCUCUCAAGGAAGCAACUAAUGAUUGCUGCUUCAUGUAUAGCAAAUAAAGGACUUUAUGAGAACAAGACUGGUGGCCUCCCUUUAGCAGGGGUGCCCAAACUUUUUUCAAAGAGGGCCAGAUUUGAUUAAGUGAACGUGCGUGAGGGCUGACCGAAGUUGUUGAGCGUUUUUUAGGAUUUGACCCCAAUAAAGAAACUGCCACAGGGGCCGGAUAAAACCUGCCAGGGGACCGAAUUAGCCCCCCAAAACGGACUUUGGACAUGCCUGCUUUAAGGUCUUCCAUAUUCCCCUGGUGUGGCUGUGAGGAACAGCUCAGAAAAUUCCCCUUCUGGUUUGAUUCACUGCAUAUUAAUUCCAGAGCCUUUUUGCUGGUCAAGUGAGUAGUCUGAAGACAAAUGUUGAGUUAGUAUCAGUUGGCUGAGCCCUUACUUUGUAGGCUAGCAGCCACACCAAAAGCAAGGCUACCUCCUCUCCUUCCUUUCUUAGGGCACAGAAAACAUACUAAAGCCCUGAACCUCAAUAGUUUGGGACCAGGUCUCUUGUAAGCUGAAUAACUGCAACUUACCAUAUUUGUCCAUGACAGGAGUCUAAGUGGGGUUACUAUAGUUUCCCCAGGUGAUUUAAGUACUGGAUGGUGUGGCAAAAAAAAUUAUCUCGACGUUAUUUCUAUGUCAGCUCCAAUGUAUUGGCUGGAUUACUGAAAUGUGCACCAGUUGUGACAGGCUCUAGUUGCAGCUAACAUGUCAAGAUGUGAGGAGUCACCACCCAGGUGUGCCCAGUUCUAUGUCUGCAGAUCCACUGCAAAAGUCAUAUUAAAAUAACAGUAAUUUUCAUGUGAACAUAACCUGCUGCUCCUUUUUAAAGCUGUUGACAGUUCGUGGGAGACCCUGUUCACUUUUUAGCAUCACGGUACAUAGGAAGUUGCCUUUAGCUCAACAAAUAUUGUCCACUCUGACUGGCAACAGCAGCUGUCCAGGGUUUCAGAGAGAAGGGUAUUUCCCAUUGCCUGCUAUCUGAGUCUUUUAAUCAGUGGUGUUGAACCAGGGAAAUUCUGCAUGCAAAGUAUAUGCUCUGUUGCAGAGCUGUGGCCCUUUUCAUAGGCCCCAAACCCAUAAACCUUCUGCCAUGGGGGAAAAUCUUACGUUUUAAGUUCCCCCUCUGGACACUGAGAUCCAGCUCCAAGGGCCUUCUGGCAGUUCCCUUAUUGCAAUAAGUGAAGCUACAGGAAACCAGGCAGAGGGCCUUCUCGGUGGUGGCCCCUGCCCUGUGGAACGCCCUCCGAUCAGAUGUCAAGGAAAUAAAAAAACUAUCUGAUUUUUAGAAGACAUCUGAAGGCAGCCCUGCAUAGGGAAGCCUUUUAACGUGUAAUGUUUUAUUAUGUUUUCACAGUGGUACCUCGGGUUAAGAACUUAAUUCGUUCUGGAGGUCCGUUCUUAACCUGAAACUGUUCUUAACCUGAGGUACCACUUUAGCUAAUGGGGUCUCCUGCUGCCGCCAUGCAAUUUCUGUUCUCAUCCUGAAGCAAAGUUAUUUACCCGAGGUGCUAUUUCUGGGUUAGCGGAGUCUGUAACCUGAAGCGUCUGUAACCCAAGGUGCCACUGUAUAUAUGUUGGAAGCUGCCCAGAGUGGCUGGGGCAACCCAGUCAGAUGGGUUGGGUACAAAUAAUAGCAUUAUCCUCCUUCUCCUCCUCCUCAUUAUUAUUACUCUUAUUUUUUAUUAACUUCAGAGAAACUCAAAAGUGGCUUGCAUUGUAUUUCGUUCCCCGUCAUUGGGAUGGGGGCUAGAGGAGAAACUAUCUACAGAAGUUUUGUUUUGUUUUUAAAAUACAAGGCUAACCUGGCUUCCUGCCAAAGGCACCUCAGCAAUUCCUGGGCCUCAGAAAGAUCCCUUGGGACUGGAGAGUAAAUCUAUUUAUGAUCCACCCCCCAAUUCGGGCCCCUCUUGGGCCGUGACUGACAAGAAGGUGCUGUUUAUGAAGUGGAGCUAUUUAUAAGACCUGGAAGUGGAGCCAGCAUUGAUAAGCAAUGGCCUCCCGGGUGCUGCUUAAACCACCCAGUGGUGGUGACGAGUGUCUGUGAUUUGCGCAGUGACGGGACAGGACGGUAGCGCAUAAACCCAGGGAACAGGCUGGAAGGCUGGAAAAUUUCAGCUGGUUAUUUACUCCCUUUGUUUCCUAAAUGAGGAAAAGAACUUCAUAGGAGACAGGUGGCUUUUUAAAGCGCCUGACUCUCUCUCUCUCUCACACACACAUGAGUAAUCUGCUCCUCAGAUUAGAAGCACUCUCUCUGACAUGUCUUCUCAUGUGCAGCUCAAGCCUUUAGCUCCGAAGGGAAGAAAAAAUAUUUUGCACUCAGGUUUUUAGUGAAGGGCACCCAGUCUUGGAAACUUUCACAAAACUGUCAAAAGUGUCCUAAUUAUUGCAAUGCUAGAUGGCAUAGGAUGCCCUAAGCUCCUUCAGCUGUGAGGAGGGGAAUUCAUGGCGAGGGGAGAUUUAUCUCUUGAUGCUACCGAACUCUAUGCUGUUCAAGGGAGCUGGACAUAUUCCCUCCCAUUCAGCGUGUUUAAGGCAAUUUUAAAGCAGGGGUUGAUAACUUGUCCUUCCAAGGCUGUUGGGCUCCAACUCCAUCAGCCCCAACUAGCAUAGCUCUACAGGUUAACCACUCCUGUUUCAAAGCAUCAGCCUGAGUGGGAAAGCCUAAAACAAUAUCUGAAAAGUUGCCCGUGAUUUUAGAAUGUUAAUGCAGGAUGGAAAGCGAAAGAACAAAGGGAAAGUGCACUCCAAGUAAUGUAAAAACUGCAGAGUUGUGGGUGUGAGAGGAGGCAAGGAUUAACACACACCCUCCCCUGGCUGCUAUUUACCCUACAGGAGGAAAAACAUAAGAUACAGGCAAGUGUAGUUUGGCCCGAUAGUGAUACAGCUGAGGCACCAGUUAGUUUCUCACACAAAUGGAAAUUCUGGAGUCCCAUCUAUCUUGCAAGUUAUUCCCUCUUCAGAAGAACAGCAGAAUGCUCAUUUUCACCUAUAUUUACAGUGGUACCUCGGGUUAAGUACUUAAUUCGUUCCGGAGGUCCGUUCUUAACCUGAAACUGUUCUUAACCUGAAGCACCACUUUAGCUAAUGGGGCCUCCUGCUGCCGCCGCGCCGCCGCCGCACAAUUUCUGUUCUCAUCCUGAAGCAAAGUUCUUAACCUGAAGCACUAUUUCUGGGUUGGUGGAGUCUGUAACCUGAAGCGUAUGUAACCUGGAGCGUAUGUAACCUGAGGUACCACUGUAUAUGGUUCUUUAAUUUAGCACUUCUCCUGAACUCUUGGGCCUGACAUCUCUUUCUGAAGCUGUAACCAAAGUCCCACAAAAUGCAUUGGCUGGAACUUUUGUUUUCUUUUCAUCUGGAGAGUAUAUUGCUUCAGACAAUGGGCAAAGAGCCCUCCUUUUAAAAAUGCCUCCCCUUCUGCUUUCUAUAUAACUUGUUUUAUUAUUACAAGAUCUCUCUGAUACCGAACACGCCCUCCAACAUUUCUCCGAUGAAGAUAGGGAUGUCCCGUUCCUUAACGAUAAUUUUACUAUGUAUACCCCACACAUUUUACUGGGUUGCUGCAGCCAUUCUGGGCAGCUUCCAACUUAUAUAAAAACAUAAUAAAACAUUAAACAUUUUUUUUAAAAAAACCUUCCCUAUACAGGAUUGCCUUCAGAUGGCUUGUUGAGGGGCAGGGGCUUGGAUGACUCUAUACCCUCCAACAUUUCCCCAAAGAAAAUAGGGACAUCCUAAGGAAAAUUGGGACCUUCUGGGAUCAAAUCAGAAACUGGGAUGGCUUCUCUAAGUCAGGGAUGUCCCUGGAAAACAGCGACACUUGGAGGGUCUGAUCUAAGAACACAAAAAGAGUCUUUUGGAUCAGGCCAAUGGCUCAUCAAGCCAAGCAGAUGCUUGUGGGAAUUUUCUAUGUUACGAGUUUGGUAUAUGUGUGAUACGGAGGGGUGUUCAGUUAUUGAGCCCCCAAAUGUUGUCUUCAGUGCCGCAGCACAGACCCAGAUUUCCCACUCCAGUGACAACUCUUCAUUUAUUUGCUAUAUUUAUGUAAGGUUGGCUAGUAACCCUGUUCUACAGAUAGCUCACUAACAUACAACGAUAAAAUGCUAUCAAAAUGCAAUGGAAUAAAAUAGCAAAAUCAUAAAAGGAUAACUUGCAGCCUAAACAUUUUCAGCAGAGAGAAUAAAGCCAGAUGACUAAAAAAAAUAAAUAAAUUUACACGGCACAUAAACCGAGCCUCGGUGCAUGAAAAUCACAGUUUGUUUUUAAGGCUUGGGAGAAUAAAAAUAGUCGUCACCUGGCAAUAAGCAGCCAUUCUGAUUUGUUUAUGAGGCGAUUAUGUGACAAUGAGCUUUCAUCCUCCAUUCAUCCUGAUUUGCUUGUGCGGUUGUUUAUACGUCUUCUUCUUAAGUCAUUCAUUCAUUCCAUACUUUUCAGUGCAUUUCCCCAUCUUUUUCUGAACAUCUUAAAAAGUGGAUUUGCUGUGCAAGAGCAACAGAGCGCUUUAAUCCACUUCAAUUGUGCACUCGGUAUGCACGUCAACCCCUCCCACAUGGCACCUAGAAUGACCAUAAAGAAGGCGAGAGCCUCUUUAAAUAUCUCAAGUUAAGGGUAGGUAUAAGUGAGCCAAAGCGAUCUUUCAGACAUCCUGGCUCCAAAUCAAUAAGGGCUUUAAAAGCUAAGAUCAUCACUUUGAAUUGGGCCCAGAGCCAUGGAAGCUGAUAAAAUGUUGGUGUCAUCAUGUGAUGUAGAUAUGAGCAAAGUCACUUAAAUAACACAGAUGGAGUCCAGGAAGCAAAGUUCAGAGGAACUGAAAAGCUGGGAGGGGAAAAGACCAGUGUAUGUUUCGAGGAGAAAGAGAGAUUUUGUCUUUCUUAGUUCAGGCCUUGUACAUAGCAUGAAGACAUUCAACUAAACAUACGGAAGAAAACCCUCCCGGAACUACAUAGGCAGUCAGAGUAUGUGCUACCUCGGUGGUGGUAUUAUUAUUAUUAUUAAUUGAAUUUACUGUAUUUUUCCGUGUAUAAGACUAUAUUUUUUCCUAAAUUUUUGAAGUUUAAAAUAAGGGGUCGUCUUAUACAUGGAUAGGGCAUAGUGCAUUUUCUUAAUUUUGAGUCCCCACAAAUAAGGGGUGUCUUAUACACGGGGGCGUCUUAUACAUGGAAAAAUACGGUAUAUACCGCCCUAUAUACCCGGAGGUCUCAGGGCGGUUCACAGAACAAAAUCAAAAUAUAAAACCACAAAAUAUAUAAUCAAAAUAAAAACAACAACCCAAUAACCCCCUCCCCCCAAAAACCACAUUUUAGAAGGGCAUAUGAUGUCAAUCAAAUCAACCAAAGGCCUGGUUAAAAAGGAACGGUUUUGGCUGGCACCUAAAGGUGUAUAAUGAAGGCGCCAGGUGAACUUCCCUGGGGAGAACAUUCCACAGACAGGGAGCCACUGCAGAGAAGGUCCCGCUCUCAUGUUACCACCCUCCGCACCUCUUGAGGAGGAGGCACACGAAGAAGGGCCUCAGAAGAUGAUCUCAGGGUCUGGGUAGGUUCAUAUGGAAAGAGGCGAUCCUUGAGGUAUUGCUUUCCUGAGCCCAGUAAAGUUCAUGUCACUCUGCCGGGUUGCUAAGCAAUACUUCCACCCCUCUUGGUUAGCUGUCUUUAACACUAACAGAAUUAGCACUUAUGUAAGAAGCUGAAUGAUCCCUGCUGAUCCACUUCCAACAGGAAUUGGCCAGUCCAAGCAAACCAUCUUGCAGCCCUAUUUUGAACCACCUGAUGUUUCCACACCUUUUUCGAACAGCGCAUUGCAAGAAACUAAAUGGGGAGUAGCGAGAGCAUGGGUAAUUGUGGCUAGGAUCCAGUUAUGGCCGUGGCUGGGCAGAUCAGCAAAGGUCUCGGUUUCUUCUACACUGUCUGACAGGGCCAGCCCAACCAUGAGGCAAGGUAAGGUGACCGCCUCAGGCAUCAGGAUCCACAGGGGUAGCAGAUCACAAUGUAGAUCUUUAUUCCGAUGUAGAUCUUUAUUCCCUGCCCCCCUUCCUGAUGCAGAUCUUCACUCACCCCUUUUUCCCUGGCAGGGAAGUGGGUGCCCUACGUGCCAAAAUGCAUUGGGCCGGCCCUACUGUUUGGUAGGACAGUGGCAUGUUCACAUAAAAGCUUCCCAUCCCAUCUGUCGCAAGCUCUAGCAAAGGAGAUGUGUGGGAAUUGAGGCUCUUGAAGAUAAAGCCUGAUUUGAUGCAAGGAUUUUGUGCUUCAGCCCUCCUCAAGCAUUCUUCUUCACAGGAGAAAAUCAUGUUGGCAGACAAAUCCUACCAUUCACAGCAUAUUUAAAAUAUCAUUUAAGAAAAAAACAGAAGCUUUCCUUCUGGGUUUAGUAACGGGAGAUAUCCCCAAAAGUAUGAAAAAUAUAUUCCUAUACUGUACGCAACAGCAGCUGCCAGGACCUUGAUCGCAAAAAAUUGGAAAGGGGAACAAGCCCCAACAAUAAGGGAUUGGCAGAGCAAAUUUUGUGAAUUGAUAAAUAUGGCAAAAUUGACCGCAAUUAUAAGAGGAAAAUCAAAUCAAAAAAUAAAGAAAGAAUGGAGUUACGUAAAGGAAUAUAUGGAAAAACAUUGUUUUGGUAGUAAAAUAUUGAUAUGAAGUCUAAGAUAUCACAAGGAGAAGUGACAGAGUAAUAGGCAUAACAGAAACGGUGGUAUAAGAUAGCACAAGAACACAAAGAGAGAAGUAAAAUUUAAAAGGAAAAGUCACAUAUAGGUGUAGGGAAGUCAUUUUUACUCUUUUUAUGUCAUCUUAAUUUGUAUUGAUUAUUCUAUCUGAUAUGUUGAUUUCUGAAAGAAAAAAAAUCACAGCACAUUUGUGUGUGCAUUAAUGCAAAUUCUGCCAACAGUUGUACAACUUCCAGGGACUGUAUGAGGGCAUCAGGGACCCAUAGUCAAAACAGAGCCUCCCGCCAAGGAUUUUGUCAAUCAAUUAUCUUUUUAACCAAUUGAAUACGUGUAAAUACAUUUGCAUCUCACCAGAACCUCAGUACAAAAUAUUUCUGCAUUGCAGGGAGUUGAACUAGGUGAUGCUAGUGGUCCCGUCCAAAUCUUCUGUUCUGUGAUUCUAUAAAUGCCUUUUUGAGAUGUUGAAAGAAAUGUGAGAUAACAUACAAAAGCUAUCACGUAACGCUUGAAGGAAAUUCCACCUUCAAUAGUUCCUUUUCGAAUGCCGGUUGACACAGUGGUGCACCAGAACCAAAACAGCACCAUUGUGUAUGUGUGUGUAGUGGCUGCUGUUUGGGACCAGAACAGGGAAGUUCUGAGUUCAAAUCCCCACAGCUCUGAAGCAUGCCCUCCCACUCACUCUCACCCUAUUAUAAAGAUACACAAGCCCUUUGGAGAAAGGGUGGGACAAGAUUAGAAUGUAAUACAUGUGACUUUAACUCUCAACCCCGCCAGUUAAUCAACUCAAGCUUUUGUUGAUUAAUCCUCCUAAUUAAGCAAGCUGAAGCAUGUAGCCCGAAUAAUGCCCUUUGUGCUAACAGGAGUAUCGUUUGCUUUCUUCAGUCUGAGAUGCCAGUACACACCCUCAGAUUCCUAAUAUCUUCAUACUACCGAUGCAUAAACAACCUGGUCCCUUCUAGGACUAAGCCCUUGGGCUCAGAUUAAUCCUUGCCCCUGCCGUUGGGACAGGUGGGGCAGGUGCGUGGGCCACAGGGGCUGAGCCUGCCUGCAAACUGCAGAUUCCAGCGAAAUCUUGCAGCUGUCUUUCUUCUUUAUCUGCAGCCGGGUUUUUUUUUUUUCAAAAGCCCCCAAACAGCUGAAAGACAAAGAGAGACGGUCCAGCAACUCCAAAUAAGGGCUGAGGAGGUGUUGAUAAGAGGCUGGCCAAUGGGAGAGCCUGCGCCUGUCGCGAUUUCUCCCCAUUGGCGGAGGGGGAAGCACAAGGGAUGCCUUUAUAGUCCUGGGCCAGAAGGAGAGAAAGGGUGUGCGCAUUUUUCCUGAGCAUCUUAUCCCGGCAGAGACUCUGGAAGGUGCCAAGGGAUGGGGCCCGUUGGCGUAGGUGAGUGAAAUCUUGCAGGCUGCCUCGCUGUUAUGAUAAAUUGGGGUGGGGUUUGGCUUGAGAGCCUGAGCUCCCAUAUGGGGAGGGGGGGAAGAGUGUAAUUGGUUCAGGCAAGAGCAGCAGCGAGAUGAGACUCCGGGGUCCUCUGGGAGGAAGGAGUGGGCUGCUUAUCAGAUUAAAGGUAAAGGGACCCCUGGCCAUUAGGUCCAGUCGCGGAUGACUCUGGGGUUGCGGCGCUCAUCUCGCUUUAUUGGCCGAGGGAGCCGGUGUACAGCUUCUGGGUCAUGUGGCCAGCAUGACUAAGCUGCUUCUGGCGAACCAGAGCAGCGCACGGAAAUGCCGUUUACCUUCCCGCCGGAGUGGUACCUAUUUAUCUACUUGCACUUUGACGUGCUUUUGAACUGCUAGGUUAGCAGGAGCUAGGACCAAGCAACGGGAGCUCACCCUGUCGCGGGGAUUUGAACCGCUGACCUUCUGAUCGGCAAGUCCUAUGCUCUGUGGUUUAACCCACAGCGCCACCCGCAUCCCUGCUUAUCAGGUUAGGGGUGGGUUAAAAGUAUGUCUUUAUUCCUCUAUUGGAAAGACAACUAGUCAGGAUAAAUGGAGGCCUGGGUUCCCUGUGAACAAGAAUUGUGGAGAAAAGGAUUUAUUAGUGCUGGAUUUUAGGGUAUUGGGGAUGAAUGAUCGGGACCUGCCUGAUCCAGCUCUUGCCUCCACCCAUAUCAUUGGACGACCUUAGGCAUUUCCCCCUUUCUCUUUCCAUUUCCUGCACGCUUUGGAUUAUAAUAGUGUCCUACCUCGCAGGGGUGUUGUAAGAGUUAUUGAGACAAUGUCUAUAGGUCCCUGAGGAGGAGAGCUACAUACUAUUCUGAUACAUUGUCUUUAGGACAAAGGAUACUGAAAAAGUCUGGAAAGGAGAGCAGCGUAUUAGGAAGGUGGGUGGACGUAUUGUGAGAGAGGAAUUGGUGCUUAGCAGUUGCGGGGAUGGAGAUUGGUGGCUGAGCCAGCUCUAUCCCCAGUCCUGCUUGAUUCUGCAAAAUGGCAGCGAUUGCUCCCCUCUUCUUCACUGCUCGCAGCUCCUAACUUUGUUGUCUUUCUGCUCUUCCUGCCUUUAGGGUAGCCCAGAUGCAGCGGUACCGCCAGCGGAUGCCAUGACACAGACGUUCCCAGCUCAGUACCCUCCGCCGCCACCCCAGGCCCGGCUGCCUCCGCAAUACCAUCUCCACAGCACCCCUUCAGAGUACCCAUCCCCAACAGCGCCGGAUCACAGCCUUCGUAUCUUCCCCGAACAGGGAACGGCUGCGCCAGAGCCCCUGCCUCUGCCCCCACCGCCUGCGGUAAGUGAUGGCUGAAGGUCUGGCUGGCUUCACUUGGGCAAAUGGAUGGGGAAUUGUGGGUGGUCUGGGGGUACGGUAUUUUUUUAUUUCGAGGGGUGUGUUAUGGGUACCAUGCAUCAUAAUGGCCCUGAUUGCAUUUGUAGCAUUCCUCCGAAAUUGUUCAGGAGCUGGUUCAAGGAUCUGGAGCCCCCUUUUUGUUAUAGGACAAAACCUGAAUGCAGGAAAGAGUUGCAUUUUACUUCCAUCUCUUCCUUCCUGCCUCCACAUCUUGCACCCCAACAGAAGCUGUGUGGGGCAGGGCUGAUUUUUCUUCAGGAGCCUCAGUUCCAGGGUUCUCUGGGAAAAGAGUGACAUCUCUUGGGGGUUUGGUGUUCGGCAGGUGGAUUUUCUGAAAGGAGAGGGGGAUCUUGGGAUUUUAGAAGGAGAGUAGAUUUAAGACGGGUGUGUGCUGGGCUUGCAGGACUUUGCAUGGUCAUGGUUCACCACAGGGGCUGCUUUUAGCCCUUUGGGUUCUCAGGAUUGAGCCCUGACACCUGUGAAGCAUCCCUAACCAUGUGCAGAGAGUGGCGUCUUAUUCCACCCUCACGCCAUGAAGCAAACCAUUACCAACUCCUACGUCUGAAAAGUUAGAGGGGGGAGAAUGGACCCCCAAAGCAAAGGAUAAAUCUUAUGGGACAGGCUCAAACACUGAGGCUGUUCAUUUUAGAAAAAUUAAACACAGGAGAGGCACCGGAUUUCUACAAGAGGUUUUGUGCGUUUUUGUUUCUGUGCUCAUCUGUUUGGACUUCCCUUGGCCACAGCCCCCAAAUCUUGGAACAAACAAGAAGAAGUGCCUCUGAGCAUAUGUAGAAUGUGCUUUUGGUCAACUACUGAACAACUGCUGCUUGUUGACAGCAGAGAGAGAGAGAGAGAGAAAUUCAGAUUCAUGGGACCUAAUAGUUAUCCCCCACCCCAAAAUAACCACUGCCCUUUCCUCCUUUACCUGCACCAGACACCCCCAAACUCAGCCCUCCAGAUGUUUUGGGACUACAACUCCCAUCAUCCCUAGCUAACAGGACCAGUGGUCAGGGAUGAUGGGAAUUGUAGUCCCAAAACAUCUGGAGGGCCGAGUUUGUGUCCUAUCAAGACUCUACCUAUGGUCCUUUUCCAAACCCAUUUUAGUAGCUCCUUAUAGAUCUGCUUUCCCUGGUUUUCUCUUGCAGCGAUGCCCUUCGCAUCUUGUAAGUGCUCAAUUUUUACUCCUCCCUCAUGGCUGCAUUGCACCUGAGUGCAGGACUGGAAUUUACCUCAGUACCUGUAAAGGUUGGCUGAGGUUUGAGGUGGCCCUAGGCACAAUGUCUUCUGCUAAGCCCCCUCUUAUGUUGGUUGGCCCUGAUGGUCUUAUCUGAUAUUGGCAGCCGCCGCCAGGUGGUUUGGGGCUGCCAUUAUACAUUCCCAUGAUGCCCCUGAUGUAGCAUCAUUCCAGGACAUUGAGGGAAAUUAAAAAUGGCAGCUCCAAGCCGUCUGGGGUGGGUGGGUGGCCCUGGGCAGGUAUUAGUUCAGCUAAUUGCUGCCCAUGUCCUGAUGUUGGGCCUAAAUGCCAGGGAGCCACUUCUUCCCCUCCAGAUACUGGAGGAGCUUCUUCCUGAAAUAACAACAUGUCUUUUAGAGAUAUCAUGUGAUGUAACAUAGCUCUCCCACUGGAAUUUCCCAAAGUUAGACUUCUGAGGAAGGAUAAGAUUAGCGUGAGGAAGAGAGACCAAUGGAUAUUCUUCUUUUUUUGGUGGACCUGAGGCUUUAAUAAAUAAAAAAAAAAGCACUUGCACACAGAGAUGCUGACACAGUCAUCUCUUCAUCUAGAUAAUAACUGAGAACAAUGGAGGUUUCCCUCUGCCCCACUGUCUCUCUGAUGCUCCUUAGGCAUGUGUGGAGGAGUUGUGAGGUGAUCAUAGGGGCUAGAGACAUGGACUCUCUACUGAUGACUUCCAUUUCUUUUCAUACCAAUCUGUGCUGCAGACGAAGGCCAUCAUUUUCUUUCUCUGCCCCCAGUUGCAGAAUCACACCAUGCCUCAUUGGUUUCUUACUUUUCAUUUAGGAUGAAAGUAAUAAAAUUCCGAAUGUGGGGAGUUUCUUCAUGGAGAGGUGUGUCAUGGAGUAAUAUCUUUCUGACAUGGCAGAAACUCCCGAGUUUAUGUUUUCAAUUGCACCGUGUUGAACCUUCCUGAGAUGUUUCACUAGUCUUGCCUAAACUCUCUCUCGCUUCUCUCGAAAUCACCCAGAUGGCUUAGCCAAGCAGGAAACACCAUAUUCACAGCAAGCUGAGGUCAAAUCUGGUAGCAAUUUUUACUGUGACAGGAGAAACAGGAGUACAGUGGUACCUCGGGUUAAGUACUUAAUUAGUUUCGGAGGUCCGUUCUUAACCUGAAACUCUUCUUAACCUGAAACACCACUUUAGCUAAUGGGGCCUCCUGCUGCUGCCGCGCCACCGGAGCACGAUUUCUGUUCUCAUCCUGAAGCAAAGUUCUUAACCCAAGGUAUUAUUUCUGGGUUAGCGGAGUCUGUAACCUGAAGUGUAUGUAACCUGAAGCGUAUGUAACCCGAGGCACCACUUUAUUAUUCACCUGGGUACACACCACUCAUUCAAAGCACCUGCCGAAAGAUUCCUGGGAACAGUAGCUUACCCAUCACAGAGCUACACUCACAGAACCAUUAGUGAACUACAGUUCCCAGGAUUCUUUGUGGAGAAUAGAAUUUGCUCUGCAGAGAGGGGAAUAUUGUGUAUGGUGUGUGAGAGGAGAUCACAGCUGCUUUGCUCCUCCUCAUUUGAUCUGAUGCUAUGCCACACAGAACCAAGCCAAUGUUUGGCAUAGCGUGCCUCUGAACCUGAACUCGUGGUUUGGCUCUCUCCAGACUAACCCCAAAAUGUAACCAGGUUUGUAGAGAAAAGUACAGGUCUAUUAUAAAUCACAUCCACACCAUACCUUCAAAUCACUCUUAUACCACUUUAACUGUCAUGACGCACCCCCCGCCCCGUAUAAUGGGAACUGUAGUUUGCCAAGGGAGCUCAGAGUUAACAAACUACAGUUCCCAUUAUUCUUUGUGGGGGAGCCAUGACUGGGAGCACAACAGGGCCUGAGGGUAGCUGGAUGCUGUUCAGAAGUGGUGGGGAAGGGGGUACAUGGCACAACUGUUUCAUAUUAUGUGAGCUCUCAUGCUUAGUGCCCACACAUAGCAGAAUGCUGGACUGGCAGUCAUUCUGAGGCGAUAGAAUGGACUCCACCACAUACGUUUAUGGAGAAGGUGGGCAGCGGGGAGAGGAAAACCUACCUUUAAAUAACAAAAUGCCUUCCUGCAAGUAGGAUAUUAGCACUGUUAAAAGUUGCCUGGUCUUUUCUCUUCGAUGUGCUAGGUUUCAUAUUUGCAUGGCUUCCUUUUUAAUAAAAGAGAGCACUCCAAAAUGACACCCACACCCCGCAAUCUGAAUUAGUAUGGUCCACUUUGGCACCUCAGGAUUAUGCCACCUUCUUCCUCUGCAUGUGUAGACCCGGCCUUACUGCUCAUGCAGAAAUCGACUCACGCGAGCAGGACGUUGUUGUGGAAGAUUUCAGAUUAGAACAACUCCUGACUCUUGCUCCAAAGGAAGCAGGGUGAGGCCCACUUCUCCCAUCAUAUGCAUUAGAUGGAUCUGCCCUUCUUUCCCCCACCCUCAGGGCAAUGGCUUCCUCCCUCCUCUCGCCUGAGCCAGUUACCCUCAAAGAGAUGGCCUCUCUGCCCAUAUUGGGUAACACGAUUUUUCGCCAGCCAGGACAGCUGCGCCACACCCCCUAUCAGAUUCCCUGUUCUCUCUCUCUCCCCUUCCCCCCCCACCCCGCCCUCAACUUUCACCAUCUUUGCUGGCAGCUGUUUAUCUCCACAUGGGAGACAAGUGGUGUGUUGCUGAGAGCCUCAUAUCAAGGACACUGUGCCCUCCAAGAGACUGUAAACAGAGAGGGCUCAAGACAAUUUGGUGCCCGAGGCAAAAAAAUAAAUAAAUCCUGACGGAUUCCCUUUCCGUUCCCUGGUGGUGGCAGUAGUAGUAGUAGUAGUAGUAGUAGUAGUAGCUCUUAUUGACCACCACCACCACCACCAAUUGUCUAAAGUUUAGCUUCCAAACUGACAGUUGGCUGCUUUCCAAUGGCACCCCAAAAUCUACCACGUGAGGUAAGCCUUAGAGUAGGGCUGGACUAACAAAUGCCCUCCCUCACAGAGUCCUGUGCCGUCAUUCCCUGCCUCCGCCCCCAAUAAAGUUGCCAUCUGUCCAGAAUUUCUUUUUUUAAAAACUGGCCUCUAAACAACUGCAGAAGCUGCAGAAGUCAACAGGUGAAGUUUUUCCAGGGCCCAAAAACCCACCCUCACCUGCUGAUUCCUGCAAACCAAACUGUUGUUUAGGACGCAGCUGCUGGGGCCGAUAAAUUGGCAGCCCUACUUGUCAAUCUGGUUGUGUCUGGUUGUUUCACGUCCAGGCAAACCUUGAUCUAUGGUUCUCUCAUGCAACCUAGAUUACAAAUUAUCCCACAAACUCUAAUCCUGCUUGGCUAUCUGCCUACAGCUUCCCUCCUCGGCCACAGCUAUAGGGUCCCCCCUAUAGCCCUGUUCCUCUGCCUUUAACGCCAGCUGGGCAUGCAGCAGCCAUCAGGUGAAGCCUGCAUGUUCUUUGUCACCUCCUAAUGCCUGCACAUCAAAUCAGAGCACAACAUAGAAGCCGGUAAUAAUAAUAAUAAUCAGUGCUUUUUCUGGGGGUACACAGGGAUAUGUAUACCCCUAAACAUUUUGUGAAUCUAAGUUCAUUUUGUGAAUCUAAGUUCGGCCUCAUUGAGGGGCAGUAUUUCAAUAGAGUAGGAAAAUGAGAGUACCCCCUAAACAUUGGUUUUUGGAAAAAAGCACCGAUAAUAAUAAGAAUUAAUGGCUGCUUUGGUCUUCAGCCUGACAAUACCUGCCUUCUGAAGGAGCCCUUAGAACAGGCACCCUCAAUCUGCCGCCUUCCAGAUGUUUUGGCCUACAACUCCCAUGAUCCUUAGCUAACAGGACCAGUGCUCAGGGAUGAUGGGAAUUGUAGUCCAAAACCUGCCUUAGGACAUAUUUCAUUAUCUGAUGUUGAAUUAUAAUGUUCAAUUUCACAUUGCUUACUGUGUCCAGCUCUGGGUUGUUACCACCCCAUGUAUAUGUUUUGUAGCUCACCUUACUUCAAUUGCAGGUGCUUCCACUCUUCUACUUCCAAGGUGAGCAACACAGAGGCUAAAUUAGAGGAGUGGGGAGCUUUUUUUUUUUUUAGCUCAUUCCCUAGUGGAGAGCCUUCGAGAGUGGGAGGCAUAGGAGGGAGAUGGGUGGGGCCAGAGACAAAAGUGGGUGGAGCCAAGGCUGUGGGUCGCACUUUUGGCACAGUACGAUUCAUUCCGUCUAUGCCCGUAUUUCCCAAAGUGGGUAAUAAUGCGGCAGCUAGACUGGUGACUGAAGACGGCCGCCGAGACCACAUAACACCUGAAUGACCUUCAUUGGCUCCCAAUAUGUUUCCGAGCACAAUUCAAAUUAUUGGUGUUGACCUUUAAAGCCCUAAAUGGUCUCUGCCCAGUAUACCUGAAGGAGCGUUUCCACCCCCAUUGUUCUGCCCGGACAUGGAGGUCCAGCUCUGAGGGCCUUCUGGCGGUUCCCUCCCUGUGAGAAGUGAAGCUACAGGGAACCAUGCAGAGUGCCUUCUCAGUAGUGGCACCCGCCCUGUGGAAUGCCCUCCCAUCAGAUGUCAAGGAAAUAAACAACUAUCUGACAUUUAGAAGAUAUCUGAAGGAAGCCCUGUUUCGGGAAGUUUUUAAUGUUUGAUGCUUUAUCGUGCUUUUAAUAUUCUGUUGGGAGCCGCCCAGAGUGGCUGGGGAAACCCAGCCAGAUGGGCAGGGUAUAUUAUUAUUAUUAUUAUUAUUAUUAUUAUUAUUAUUAUUAUUUAUUAUGCCCCCUGGGCGGCGCUGGAACCAUCCGGGGGCAUUAGUAGCAUCAGGUGCAAUUGAGGAGCAUUGAAUAAAAAUAUAGGGGUGGUGGAAGCAUAAAGAAGAGAAGAAAAUUUUGAAAAACGUUCGUACAUGUUUCAUUUGUUGCGUAAUGACGCUUACUGCCAGGUCGGGCGCCGUUGUGGGACAGUGACAGCGUCUCCCCUGGGUCCGAUGGUUGCGCUGGAGUCAAGGGGUUUUCGAUUUCAAGCUUCAAGGUGUCUUACUUACGAAACAUUUUCUUUACUGUGUUGUAGGUAGAAAUAUAGAUACAUAAAAGAACGCAAAUUUGUCACUGCGGCAUUGUUUGCUCGCUUUAAAAGUUGGAUUUUAAGAGGGGGUGCUGAGUAGCGGGUUCCCCCCCUCCCCUGUAAAGGGGGUGGUAGGCCAAAGAAGUUUGGGAACCUCUCGUCUAUGCAAAAGUCAAAGCGGUGUCUCUCCAGCCCUCACCCUGCCAAGCAAGAGGCAGCCUCGCAGUUCCAGGACAUCCCAAAAGUACUUGAGGAGAAUGUGGAGCAGGGCAGGUGAACCAUGUGGUCUGGGGAGGGGAAGUGUUGUUUGGGAGGGGUGCAGCCCUGGGAGAUAUCCCCAGGGGUCAAACAGAGGCUGCCACCACUACCCUAUGGGCAUGAGAUUCCCCAGCCCUGCUUUAAUGUCUGUAUGUGUCUCUCUUCUCUCCCCCCCCUUCCCCUCCCUUCUCUCUCUCCCUCUGCUGGAAAGCCUUUGCUAAGUGCCAACUGCCAAAGGAUUCCUGGUCUGUAGCAAUUCCUACCCCCCACUCAAUGACUGUGUCUUUCCCGGACUAGGGCCUUUUCCUGGGGGUGUUAACAGCGACGGUUCGUGGACCUCUCCCAUCAAGCUCAGGUUUUUGUCCCAGGCAUCUUGGACAUCCAUCACGUUUCUCUUGUUCUACUCUCAUUAAUACAUAUGAAUAGUUAACCUCUUACUCACUGUGCAACUGCACCUGCCUGUCUUCUCAGCCUGACACCUCCCCGCCCCUACCACACCUGUGCAUUUGACCCUUCCAGCCAAAAUCGGGGAGGUUUUAAUCCCUGUUGAACUUGUCUUUAUGAGCAAAGAGUCUGCGUAGCAUUUGAUGGAUGCAUCCAGCUUUUUUGGGUGGGGGGGAAAUUGUGGAGUGCAUUGCCAGGGUGGGGGAGUGGGAUGGCAGAGGGUUGUGGGUGGGGAUGAAGCAGCAGAAGAUGGAAGACUGGCUACUGCCUGGUGGAUCGUUUGCAUUUGUGAGUGGCUGGAAUCGCGUGUCUUGGUUUUUUUUUACUAGCAACAUGAGGGUGCUCCUUGCUGCGGGUGCGGCAUGCUCAGAGGCCGGCACACUCCCUGUAAGCAUGCCAACACAGAGCGGGCGUAUUGUAGAGCUCUCCACACGUCCCACAGAUAUCACUGUUUAUUUUGGAAGGGCUGUUGCAGCUCAGCGGUAGAGCAUCUGCCUCAUGUGCAGGUGAUCUUGGGUUCGGUUCCUGACAUCUCCAAGCAGCACAGAGAGAGACUUCUGCCCGAGAGAGCCGCUGUCGAUCAGGGUAGACAUCACUGACCUAGAUGCACCAAUGGCUCACACUCGGUUUAAGGCUUCUUGUCCCUAAAAUGGAAUGUCUGCAUGUGGACAGGCUGAGGGCGUGGAUCAUUGCCAGCAGAGACUCCUAACUUUCACUGGGGUGGAGAGCAGUGGGUCAGAGCGAGACACGCACGUUAGCAAAAAUUGUCCCUGGGCAUCGGUGUACAUGCAUGCUUCUUCCUUGUUGCUUCUGAAGAUUGUUCCCCUCUAGCAUUUUGUCUCAGAGACCAGUUGCUUUGAAAACAAAAGGAGGUUUCGGCCACAGAAGUGGCCAGGAGAAAGGGCUCAGAGGAAUCUUUAUCUGAGCCCAGUUCCCUCACCACCAUUGAUUCCCAGGGACUGUGCUCGAAUGAAACUUUCCUGAGCACCACCAAGCUGGAAAGGCAGCUUGUGGGAAGCAUUUCCUUAGUAGAGAGAAAUGGAGGGGAGGCGAAAGUAGCCUCUCCUCAGCACUUUCUCCACUCAAAACGCACAGCCUCCCAGGGCUACUUUUCAUUUUAUUUUUAAAGGGGCUCAAUUGGUAUACCAAAGGUAUAGGUAAUGGCUGGACAGAGUCUAAGUUGUGUGCCCCACAUGUUCUUCCAAUGCGUUGGGGGUGUCACCUGUACCCCUUUCCUGUGUCUGGACUGUACCAUUGUAGAUGGCAGCGAGGAGCUCAUAUGAUGGAAUGCUUAUGAAAACCCAACAAAUCACCACACAGAGGAAGUUCAAUGUUGCGAAGAAGGAUCCUAGACUUCCUUCCCCCCUGGACAGGCUAGUUUUCUUUGAGCAUGAAUGCAUUGCUCUUAAUGUGCAAGAUUGCAUGUGGGAGCUUCCCAUCACGCGCCGUUGACAUGGCAGAGUCCAGACACAGUUUACGGACUUAUCUGCCGUUUCUAAGAACAAAGCCACAGAGCCCAGGCUUCUUUGGCGAUUAGCAGGUCAACAGUGAGACUUCGUGCUCCACCAAGCCUGUUUGGACAUUCCUGCCUUCCUUGUCAUCGCAAGGAGGCUCUGGGUGGUAGCACAUGCCCCAAACAGGGCCUUCUUUGCCAGGCUGUAUCAGGAAUUUCAAAGACAAGUUCAACUCUGUCCCCCUGCCGGAUUAAUUGCUUCUCUCAGGCUCUUCUCUCUCUCCCCCCCACCCUUUGGCACUUAAAAGACGUUGCAAGAGAGGCUGCCCACACCUCGGCCGUGGCCUUGGAAUGUUGCAUCGUGGUGAUUGCAUCGUGAGUCGAGGGGGACCAUCUGCAUGGAGAAGAGGGGUGGUGGUGUCCGGUUUGGGGUCCCCCAAUCUUCUCCACAAGGUUUCUGUGAAUCGUGCCCUCUCUCACCUGGCCCUGCUUCUUGUCUCCACUAAUGUCCUUCUGUGUGUUGGUUUGUGUCCAUCCUCUCCAUUAACCCAAGCCAGAAUGUUUUGCUGAUGCAUUGGGACAUCUGUUUUUCCCCUUCUGGUUGACCAGGAGAAGUUUGGGAAGAAGAAGAUUGGCCCCAUCUUCCUUGCAAAGAGAGUGGAUCUGAUUUUGGGGGGUGGGAUUGUGUAGGAAACAAGGUGGGGAUCUGGCCCUCUCUCUCCUGAACUUUCAUGCCAACAGACAAGAUAAACAAAAAUGACCAAAUGAAUUUGUGGAAUUAGCAAUUGUGUGAAUUGUUUAAGAGUAAAUAUAGCAGAUGGGGGAGCCCAGUCCUGAGCAGAAUUCUGGCAGGGGAGCUUCAGAAAUGAAUUCUGCCCUUUCUCACUUGCUAUUCACACAAUUGCAAAAUGUGUGACAGGUGUCACAUUGAGUUGGCCUCCCAGUUUCACAUGAAUCCUUCUGCAGAUAAAUAUACCAGCUCUUGCUGGACAGCACCACUUUAGGUUUCAAGGGCAAAGGAGUUCAUGACUGACUUACCCCCUCCAUUUAAGAAAAUUUAUCUGCAUAUGCGGUGCUGGCGUGCCAGGCAGAAAAGCAGGCCAAAAAAAAAAAAAAGCUUCUCUUUGAUCUGCUUUCCCCUCCAAGGGGAGUGAGUCCAGUUCUUGAUUUUAAACUAUCUGAGAGAACACCCAUACAUCUAAGGAGCUUCCACUUGAAACCUGAAAUGGUGCUGUCCCAGGAAGACUGCACCAUUAUUAUGGUUAUGUAUUCAUCUACUAUACUGCCUUUCUGCUAAAGCACUCAAGGUGGUUCCUGUUUUGAAAUAAUGGUAUACAAGGUAAUAGACAAACAGUGCAAAAGGAAAAGAGGAACGGGGAAGGAAGCAAUAAAUAAGUCAGUUUGGGGAUUUCAUAGUCUCUCAUGAUUUCUCUCUAUGAGCAGAUUGGCCCUUGCUUUGUCUAAAGCAACCUUUCCCAGGCUGGUGCCCUCCUCAUACUUUGAACUACAACUCCCAUCAGCUUCGGCCAGCAUGGCCAAUGGUCAAGGAUGAUAGGACUCUGAACCCAUUACACAUCUCCUUGGCCACUGUGAGAGCAGAAUGCUGGACUAGAUGGGCCUUUGGUCUGAUUCAGAAAUGGUCCUUCUUAUGUUCUGGCUGGUCAGAAGAAUGGAUAGUACUAAGGCUAGACAGAGCAAUAGUCUGACUCAGUGUGAGGCAGCUUCAGAUGCUCAACGUUGGGAUGAUGCUGGUUGCUGGCAUCUGAUGUCUUGGACACCACUUUCACUACACACAUAUACACAGGCUACACCUGCUUGCUUUCUCCUGUACAGAGAUCAGAGCAACAGAGUAAACGUGCUACGAAGAUGCUGCUGAAUAUCCCCCCACCCCAUGGUACCCAAUUUCCUCCCACCCCAUCUUGGCAACAGUUAGACUCCAUAGACUGACGUUACCACACUGCGAGUCUCUGCACAUCCUCAAGACCACUUGCACAUGAACGGGAGAAUGCCCAUUGUUGGAACUUGCCCAGCUCUGACCACCUUGUUCUGCCCAUGGCACGACUUGCGAGUGUUAUGCUCCAUGCCCUCUGUGCAGGUGUUGCAAGGGGAGGGUUGCCUCAGUGGUGUUUGUGAUCCUGCUUCUUUUCCUCCUUGCCCCACCCCUCCCCACAGCAGCCGGAAGAAGCCCCUGCACCUGAGCUGUCCCCCGAGGCAGAGGAAGCAGAAAGCAGCGAGAACAAGGCCCAGCCCAAACGCCUGCAUGUGUCAAACAUCCCCUUCCGCUUCCGUGACCCAGACCUGCGGCAGAUGUUUGGGGUGAGUCUUUCCUCUACUCUGCUUCCCUCCAACCUGAGUUGUGUCAUGUGAUGCUUUUUGUACGCAGUGAUCUUUAAUUCAUCCUCCUUGCGGGUCUCUAGAGUAGGGAAAGUUCAGGGCUUGGUCUGGAAUGGGUGUGUAAGGGCCCUUCAGCAUCAAUGGGCCCCGGGCAGCUGCCCAACAUUGCUGGAUGUUGACACUGUGGUGCCAACCCCAGCACUUUGCUGGAUUUGGAGGUCUGGGGUGGCAUGGUCAUAUUGCAGGGGUGGCUGAAUCCAGUGGCAUACCGUGGGGGAGGUUUCCCCAGGAGCGGUUUCCCCAGGUGCAAAAUUGUUAGGGGCACAAAAUAUCAAUACUCGGUGCUGUGCUCUUCUGUUGCUGGGUUCCGUCGAAAAUGGCUUCUCCAUGCAAACCAGGAAGUGACCUCUUCAGACAACAGAACAGCUCUUCUUUUCUUAUCUCUGCAGCUGCGAUCUCCUGGGUGACGUGGAUGCUGUUAGGCAGUUGAAUGUGAAUGCAUAGUCUGCUUCCUCCCCUCCACUGUGUGGCUUUGGGCACUGGCAACCAAUGCUAUGUCACUGGCUCAAUAUGUAGCCCUCUAGAUACUGUUAGACUCCAACUUCCACCAGUCCCAGCUGCAUGGCUAAUGGCCAAGGGUGAUGUGAGUUGUAGACCAACAAAAUAGGGAAGGCCACAGGUUCUCCACUGUUGCCACAUGGAAUGCAUAAGGAGAUGCAGGUGCCAUAUUUCUGCUCAGGGAAAAGUUAUGUAUCCGGCCAUGCUGGAGGAUGGCUGAGUUGUAGGGGAAGCACUAAGUUUUGUAUUAGACACUGUCAUAAAUUCGUUACGCACGGUUUCUAGGGCAACAGGCUGUGUAUUCUCUAUGUCAAAGACUGACUUUUCCCCUUCCCCCCCUAGCAAUUUGGAAAGAUCCUGGACGUGGAGAUCAUCUUUAAUGAGCGUGGCUCCAAGGUAUGGAAAUGCUAGCUGCCAAGAAGGGGUGGAGAGGUGUGUGGACAAGAAAGCCAGGGUCUGCUGGGCAAAGCUGAGCAAUUUCUAUGCCAGGGAUGGGAAACCUCUGCCCCUCCAGACAUUGCUGGCCCGUAAAUCCCAUUGUUCCUGGCCACUGGCCUUGCUGAUGGGAGUUGAAGUCCAACAGCAUCUUGAGGGCCACAGCUUCCCCAUCCCUAGUCAGUGGUCUCACAAACACACUGUACAAGUGCAGGAUUUGGUGUUGAUCAAGUGGCCAACUUGGUGCCUAUGGGAAGCCCACAAGCAAAGCUAGAAUGUGGUAGCACACUGUGUUGCCCUCUCCCCAUUAGCAACUGGUAUCUAGUAGCACACUGUCUCUGAACAUGGAGGCUCCAUAUACCCCCUAUGGCAGAGGAGCCACUGAUAGCCGCCUAUUCCACAUUUUCCCCCCUAGGUAAAGGUAAAGACACCCCUGACCAUUAGGUUCAGUCGUGACCGACUCUGGGGUUGCGGUGCUCAUCUCGCCUUAUUGGCCAAGGGAGGCGGCGUACAGCUUCUGGGUCAUGUGGCCAGCAUGACUAAGCCGCUUCUGGCGAACCAGAACAGCGCACAGAAACGCCGUUUACCUUCCUGCCAGAGCAGUACCUAUUUAUCUACUUGCACUCUGACGUGCUUUCGAACUGCUAGGUUGGCAGGAGCAGGGACCAAACAACGGGAGCUCACCCCGUCGCGGGGAUUCGAACCGCCGACCUUCUGAUCGGCAAGUCCUAGGCUCUGUGGUUUAACCCACAGCGCCACCCGCAUCCCAUUUAAUCCCCCUAAUCUCCCUUUAAAGCAGUGUUUCUCAAACUCCUUAUGUCCUCCAUCUGGACGAGCAAGAGGCGUUAACAGAAUCCAAGAACACAUUCCAGCCAGGCAAAAACACUCAAGGGGAGAGGACAAAGCAGGGUUGGUAACGGGUGUGCAGUCUGGAAUCUCAAGGGCCAGGUAAAUUAUGAAAAUCUUCUCCUUUUUUUCCAAAUUAAUUUUUAUUUGGUAUUACAAAUUAAAAUUAACAUUCAAAAUCACAAAUAAAAACAAAUACACAAGAUACUCCCAAAUCUUUGGACUUCCCUCCACCCCUCCCUGGGUUCCGUACUUAUCCUUUUCUACUGCAUAUUUUAAGUCACUCCAAUUAUUUGAUUGUCCAUUGCAGGCAUAGGCAAACGCCGGCUCUCCAGAUGUUUGGGACUACAAUUCCCAUCAUCCCUAGCUAACAGGACCCAGUGGUCUCCAGAUGUUUGGGACUACAAUUGUAGUCCCAAAAUCUGGAGGGCCGGAGUUUGCAUAUGCCUGGUCCAUUAUAUCCAAAGUCCUUGUUACAUUACAAGUGUCCUGCUAAUGAAUUUGGCUGUUUACAGUGGCCUUCCAAAUACGAAAUAAAUCUCCCCCCAUUCUUUGUUAAAAUUUUGAUCUUCCUGGUUUCUGAUUUCCCCGGUCAUUUUUGCCAUCUCUGCGUAGUCCAUCAACUUGGUCUGCCAUUCCACUCUGGUAGGGACUUUGCCGUCUUUCCAUUGCUGGGCUAAAAGCAUCCUGGCGGCAUAAUUACCUGGCAGGGGGGACACCAUGAUCAUGAAGAUCAUGUCAGGAUUUCAGCCUACUUUCGAGUAGGACCCUGGCAGAGACACAUGCCCGACUGGCAUGUUCUGUCCCUCCUGGUCGAUCGUUUGGGAGCUUCAUAAGCUUUCUUCAACCUGAACAUCACAGUGACCGAUGCCAACCGACACCGACACACUUAGGGAUCCGCAGAGUUUGCGCAGCAUGCGCGUGACAGACCUCAGCAACUCAGCAUGUUGGCUAAUCUACUUUAUUUACAUAUAAACAUACACGGAGCACUGCAACAUGGCUUCCUUUCUCUCUAGCAUCAGACAGCAAAGAGAAAAAGAAAAAAGGACAAUAGUCCCAUUUCAUGGAGCACAGUAACACAAACAUCCUGUCUCCGUCACUUCCCACUCUGUGGAGUCAAAACAUGCACUGUCAUGUAAUAGACAACAAUCCCAUGACUGCAGUCAUGGAGCAGGAAUUCUAACAUUCUGGUAGGGAUCUUGCUGUCUUUCCAUCGCUGGCCUAAAAGCAUCCUGGCGGCAUAUUUACCUGGCAGGGGAGACACCAUGAUCAUGAAGAAUCUUCUCUCUUAGGGCUUUGGCUUUGUCACCUUUGAAAACAGUCAGGAUGCUGACCGGGCGCGGGAGAAGCUGAACAGCAGCAUUGUGGAAGGAAGGAAGAUUGAGGUAAGAAUUUACCGUGUUCUCAGCAUAAAUGCCUGUGGUCAUUUCAGUACCCUCAUGCUAUGGGCUCUUGCCUGGGAGCUUAAGCUGUUGGAAGGGGAAGAUGCUCAGUCCCUAAAAAAAGGAGGUCCCUUGAUCAGUGAAUACCAUAUAUGCUAAUACUGAACUAAAUUUUCCAAGUGCUAGUACUUGUACCAUCCACAUACAAAAGGGAAAUAUCAGCGGGUUUUUUUUUUGCAGAGGUAUAUAUAAAAAAAUACUUCUGGAGAAUCCCCCACAGCCUUAGUUUUAAAAACAAUUUUUUAAAAAACCCUAUCUUUAGUAGUUGUUGUUUUGUUGUGUAGUGUUUUUAAUGUUAUUUUAGUCGAGUUUAUGUAAACUGCCUUGGGACUCAGGCGCAGUGCCAGAUUUACGUAUAAGGUAAACAAGCUAUAGCUUAGGGCUCCACUUUCUUGGGGGCCCCCCAAAAGUGUAAAGGAAAAAAAAACUGGAUGUCAAUUUCCAAAAUAAAAGAUAAAAAACAAAUAAAAUAAAACCUGCACACAGCAACAGUGUUUUGUGUUGUGUAGGCUCCUAUGAUGUAAAUAAUGGGCCCCACCUGCUAGCCUGCUCCCUAAAAUAUCACUGGUUUGCUUAUUUCUAUAUAUUGGGUGCCUACAUUCUUCAUGUGCAAAUGGCUUUAGAUACGUAUUAGCUCCAUAAAUUACCAUAUAGCAUAUAUUCAACAUAAAAAACAGCGACAAUUUGUUGUUGGCAAAGGACAGCUGGACAUAUAAAGGGCCCCAUUACCUAUAGUAACUUAGGGCCUCAUCAAACCUAAAUCCAGCCCUGCUCAUGCGGAAGGCAACUCCUUAAAUAAAUAAGGACUGAGCAUGCUCAGUGCACGUGGAGGGCCCAGAAAAAAACAAGUGAGGGGUAGAAUGGAGUGGUUGGAACAGAAGCACCCCGUGCGGCAGCAGUUUGCAUGUUCAGACCCAGAGACCUCCCCCCUAAAUAAAUUUACACAUUACUCAAAUUUUAGUUUUGGUUUUUGGCAGAAUUUGGGCCACAACUUUAUUGAGUGGUUGCAGGCAGCGCUGACCCAGGGUACCAGCAUAGGUCAGCCAAGGGUGAACACCUGGGAAGGUGAAAAGCUGGGUACAGACUCUGUUCACCAUCCAGAUGCCCCCCUGGACUCAGGUACGGGCACAACCCUCUCUCAGGGGUUGACCAAACCAUCGAGUCCCUGGAUUCCUUUAACGGAAUACCCUUCACAUAGGGAUGGCGAGAGCGUUCCCCCAUUCCUAUCACCUGAACCAGUGCCUAUCCGCAACCUUACAAGUUGUGACGAUUUGCUAUGCGGCAGGAGAAACCCAAAUGGCAACAGCCAAUCAGCCAAGUGGGGAAAUUCCUGCCAUGCCCCUGUCCCAACGACAGAUGACAGCAUAGCAAGGUCAAUCGCACAAAGCCCUAAAAUUAGGGAGAGGUGGGCGGGUGUUCCGAAUGCAUGAGCCGAAAGAGGAAGCUCUGGGUCACGUUCAUGGGUAUAAAUAGGUCCCUUGAUCCAUUUGGACUGCGCCCCAUUGGUCAGAUUGAACCCAACAUCAAGGGAAUUACCAAUCAGGUGUUGUGGCAACCAAUCAAACCCGCCCACAACACACUGGGUCAGUCUCCAGGUCUCACCACAACAUGUGCCCUCUUUUAGGGAGGACACGAUUUGCCACAGGCCCUGCUCUUCUCGUUUGCCCACCAGGCAGGAUCCUGUUUAACUACGUGUGAAUGUGCAUAUGUGCACAUGUGAGAAAUACCUGGGGUGCUCAGAUACUGGACAAGCCUUACCUGCAUGAACCCCUCUUCUGCACAAUUAUCAAAGGUGCAGAAUCCCUGUCCUCGCUUGCCUUUGAGCGUGCCAGGAACACCACACAGGCACAAAUAGGCCCAAUACUGAAAACACACACACACACACGAAUCCACCUUAAUUCAAACCCCUUAAGAGCCUUGUCAAAAUCAUCACUGUGUGGCUAUCUAUUUACUUGUCCCACUUCUUUGGAGAAAAAGAAGAAGAAGCUAACAGCAACUUGUUAUGCAUAUGGCCUCACUUCCUGCUUCCUUCUCCCAUCCAGGUCAACAACGCCACAGCCCGUUUAGUCACCAAGAAACCACCGGCGGCACCAGUGGUGAAUGGUAUGUAGAAGCUGGAAUAAAAAUAGCAACAAUACAUUUGGUUUAUGAUUCACUUGCCACAUAGUAAUUCUCCAAACAGCUUACAUAUUUUUAAGAGCAUUUUAAAAACAAAAAAACCCCACCAAUACAUAGGGGUAAGUACUAUACAAUAAUCAGAGCCGUCUUUCCUAUUGGGCUUACUGGCGCGUUGUGCCAGGGCGCUGGCCUAUCAGGGGCGUCCCAGUGAGUGGGGGAGCUGCGCGGCUUUGCCGGCGGCCUCCCCUUUCCCUGCACGCCUGCCAGCUGUGCCCUGUCAACCAUAUGGCUGGUGGGUGUGCAGCUUGUCUCCCAAGCCUCCGUGGGAGGAGAGCAACUCUGGAAAAUGGAGGACGGGGGCCCGGAGGGGUCUUUGAACCAUGGCGCCAGAUAUGCUUAAGGCAGCUCUGACAAUAAUCAAAAUGCAGGAUGCGGGUGGUGCUGUGGUCUAAACCUCUUGGGCUUGUCAGACAGAAGGUUGGCGGUUCGAAUCUGCACAAUGGGGUGAGCUCCCGUUGCUCUGUCCCAGCUCCGUUUGAAAGCACACCAGUGCAAGUAGAUAAAUAGGUACCGCUGCAGUGGGAAGGCAAACGGAGUUUCUGUGUGCUCUGGCUUCCGUUGUUCUGUUGCACCCAAAGCAGUUUAGUCAUGCUGGCCACAUGACCCAGAAAGCUGUCUGUGGACAAACGCCAGCUCCCUCGGCCUGAAAGCGAGAUGAGCACCACAACCCCCAUAGUUGCCUUUGACUGGACUUAACCAUCCAGGGGUCCUUUACCUUUUACCUUUACAAUAAUCAAACAACAGACAAUAAAACAACAGCAAAACAUAUACAGUGGUACCUCGGGUUAAGAACUUAAUUUGUUCUGGAGGUCCGUUCUUAACAUGAAACUGUUCUUAACCUGAGGUACCACUUUAGCUAAUGGGGCCUCCCGCUGCUGCUGCGCCGCGGAGACGAUUUCUAUUCUCAUCCUGAAGCAAAUUUCUUAGCCCAAGGUACUAUUUCUGGGUUAGCGGAGUCUGUAACCUGAAGCGUCUGUAACCCGAGGUACCACUGUAACUUGUAAACAGCAAAAUCAUCAUAACUGCUUCGUUAAGGAUAGGGGCAAGACUACCUGAAAAUAGUAAUGAAGAUGGGACAAGUUUUUUCUCUGAGCCUUUCCUUGUUUGUCUGUGUCCAUUUAGGAUGGAAGAUCAAUCCUAUGGUUGGCGCUGUCUAUGCCCCUGACCUGUAUACAGGUAAAUCCCCAUCUCUUUGCUAUUACUUUCCCCUCCUAAACUUCCACCAAGUUCCACAUUUCUGCCUUCCUUUCUCAUUCACCACCUACCAAAGACCCCAAAUCCUGUACGGAUUUAUUUAGGGCAUUUGCUUGGAAUCAAAUAAGUUCUAUUUUAUCAUCCCAUUUACUUACAAUCCCACACUGGACUGGCCCUUCCAUGACUUAGAAUGAGAUUUCUGUGAUCAUUAUAAAGCAAUACUAAACAGUCAUAUGUAUAAUAAUAAUAAUAAUAAUAAUAAUAAUAGUGUCAGAUGUAUGCACCAUUUGCCUCAGACUCCAAAAUUUUGUAGGUUGGCUCUGUGCCUGUUCAGUGGACUUAACUAGCACCAAACCAGAAUACAAGGUUUAGCAUUUCUACCCCUGGAAUUUUCUCAUUCGUUUGGGGUUCAAGGGGCUGAAGAGCAGAGAGUUGUUUGGCUCUGCCAUCCUGAUUCGUGCACAGUGCUUCGCUGCUGUUUAUUGUACCUCUAGGGAGGCUUCCCAGCUGAGUUGAAGCAGUCUGUGUUGUCAGGCUGACAGAGAUCCAGCUGGAGCAUGCUGGGUUUGGUCUUUUUUUUGAACGUGUAUGUGUAUAAUUUCUUAAGGCCUCAGGAGUAUCAAGACUAGCAUUCCUGAGGCGUCUCUCAGCUAGGGAUGUGGGGAAAGCUCAUCAAAAACAGGAGCAUCAAUUGCUGCAGUUUGCAUGUGUGUGCAAGGUAAGGCGCUAAAAUCAUGCAAGAAGAAUGCAACAGUUCUUGGCUAUCUUUUUUUCUUUUUAGUCUGCAAACAUUAUGCAAAUGUCAGUGUUUUUGACAUUCUCCUUUCAUUGAAAUCAGCUGCUUAAUUCAUUGUGCUAGUUUCAGCCACAGUGGAGAACGAGGGAAUUGUUGGAAAAAGCGGAACCGUAGAGGAAGAGAAACAGCCCCGAUUGUGGUGAAAACAGGAUGGGACAGGAGUGGUUGCCUCCUUAUAUCCUUAGAUCCAACGCUGGCUGAAAAUCUCAGUCGUGGCUGAAAUUCUUUGGUGGCUUCUCAGAAUCCUGUUCUAGGGUUUCCUCUGUCACUCUCCUUAUUUGAAAAGCGCUUUGGGCCAGCCACUCCUCCUUUAAGUCACCCAGUUCCACUGAGCUCAUGAUCAAGUUUGCCUCCAUCAUUUCUGCCCCUAGUGGAAUAUGCACCCUCCAUUAUGGACAGAGCAAGCUCCAGCUGCCUAGACGCACUCUCUGGUCUUGGGGACAUCUCUUUCUUAUUAGGCAAAGUCCAUAGAAGGCAAAGGGAUGUGGGUGGUGCUGUGGGUUAAACCACAGAGCCUAGGGCUUGCUGAUCGGAAGGUUGGCGGUUUGAAUCCCUGCGACGGGGUGAGCUCCUGCCCCAGCUCCUGCCAACCUAGCAGUUCGAAAGCACGUCAAAGUGCAAGUAAAUGAAUAGGUACCACUCCAGCGGGAAGGUAAACGCCGUUUCCGUGCGCUGCUCUGAAGCGGCUUAGUCAUGCUGGCCACAUGACCCGGAAGCUGUAUGCUGCCUCCCUCAGCCAGCAAAGCGAGAUGAGCACUGAAACCCCAGAGUCGUCCACGACUGGACCUAAUGGUCAGGGGUCCCUUUACCUUUACCUUAGAAGGCCAAGAAUGAGGGCAGGAAGUGCCACCUGAAUAAUCCUGGCACCACGUCAUUUCCAUUCCUGCUACCCGACUUGAAUGUGACUUUUAUUGUGGAGAAUAUUUAGCAAGCUGCUUUGAGAGCCUCCCGGGGCUAUAAAGUGGGAUAUAAGUAUUGGAAAUAAAUGCAUUGAUAUCCUUCUCCAUCCCAUCUAGUGGCGAGCAUCCCUUAUCCCAUGAUGGCACCAGCUGCCCUGGCAUAUCGUGGGGCUCUGCGAGGGCGUGGCCGAGCUGCCAUCUAUAACCCCAUUCGAGCAGCUCCUGCCCCUUCUCCAGUUCCAGCCUAUGGCAGGUGAGAGGCGGAGACUGUUCUGUUUGUUUUCAUGGGGACAACUUCUAUAGCCCUAAAAAUAGGUCCUGAAGUCUGGAGGUUUUGCUAAAAGUUCCCCUCAAAAUCUUUGCAACGAGCAAAUACGUUUUUAUUAAAUAGGCAUGCUUACAUUAUAAAUGUGCAUUUCCUUUUCAAAUCUGCACAAAGAAAGAAAGAAAUGAGCCCAAGUCACUUGGGGACCUGGCCAUUACUGGUAUGUGUCCCCCAGUAGAUUACCCCCGAGAGAAAACGGCCCUUAACAAGGAAAAAAGCUUGGUUAUUUCUUUUCUCUGUUCAUUUGGAAUAUAUUAAGCUGCCCUUUAUCACAAUCAGUUUCAUAGUGGAAUAUAAAAACCUCAAUCAAGUAAAACAGAUGCAAAUAUAACAUUCCACUGAAUGCAGGCAUGGCCAAACUUGGCACUCCAGAUGUUUUGGGACUACAACUCCCAUCAUCCCUAGCUAACAGGUGUCAGGGGUGAUGGGAAUUGUAGUCCCAAAACAGCUGGAGGGCCAAGUUUGGCCAUGCCUGACUUAAUGGCAAGAACAGGUAAAAUGGACUUCUUGUAGUUAGGAAAGUAACGGGGAAAUGUAUUGAAAAGUGCGGAAUGAAUGGCUUAACAGGAAGACAUAUAAACAUCCCAUGAGGAAAUCUAAAUGAAUGCAGGCAGAAUACUCAUUGUCAUUUAACCUUAUCCUAAAAAAAAAUGGAAAGUACUUCUCCAAAUUUCCUAAUCCAGUUUGUCAAUGAAUCAAUCAGUAAAAACUGAGGGAAAUUUUAUUAGGUUUAUUAUUUAGUUUAUUAAAGUUUAUUAUUAAGGGGAAGUUUGCACACAAAUGUGUACGUUACUGAAAGUAACAUGCAAAAAAUGCCUUAUAUUAGCAGAAACGGCUUGGAAAAAUGCAUACCGUAUAUUAGGCACAAAUGUGUGUAUUAGGAGAAAUGUGCUUGAAAACACUUUUUUGGGUAGGUGGAAAUAGAUAUUUUUUUAAUGCACAAGAUGAUGCAGAAAUAGGACAAACUGAAUUUAAGAUUAGAACAAUAACUAAGAAAAACCCAGAUUUAUCAUCCCCUGUUGAUAAGAUGGGCAAGGUAGAGGACCAUCUGUGCUGAUUUUCUUUUUUCUUUUCCCACCUAGUGUGCUCUAUCCAGACAGUCUGUAUGGCUCUGACCUCUACGUAAGUCUUUACCUGGGUUUCUUUGGGUUUUAGGGUUCAAAGGUCCUGGGUAUGUGCUGGCACCAGUUACCUGCGAGUAGAGAAAACAGAGUGGGUUGGGUUCAUGGGUUUAGCAAGGCAAAGGUCAAGGUUUUUCUUUGGGGGGGAGCAUCUCUCAGGGCAGGUGAGCUAGCAAAAUAGUCCUGCAAAACUGGCAGGACCCACAAAAUUGGGUAGAACGAAGGAUUGCCCUGGAAACAAGAUGGCAUGAGAAAUGAGGAACAUGAGGAUCUUCCUUUUAGAAGCAAGACCUUUGGUCCAUCUACUGUCUACACUGACUGACUGUGGUUCUCCAAGGUUUCAGGCAGGGGAACUUGGCACCUCUGCGUGCAAAACAGAUGGUCUCCCCCUGAGCUAAGCUUUUGCUCUAAGGCUGGGGCAGUGGGGAGUUAUGGGUGGGAUUUUGGCCUGAAGGAAAAGGGCACUGACCAUGUGCAAGUCUGGGUGAUCCAGCAUGAGAAUUCCUCCUGAUUUGGGGGUUUCAUGUGGGCCUGAAAGAGUGGGAAUCCAUCCUUUAAGACUGUAUUUUAUCUAUUGAAGAGCUGUCCAGAGACUGCAUCUUGUGUGGCCAUGCACGUGUAGUUAAUAAAUUAACAGUAAUAACAAAGAGAGUGUCAUGUACUGUAGAGGUUUUGUGAACUAACAUCAUGCAUAAGACUGUGUGCACAGCGUAGACCUUGUGCAAACAUCUGGUAGCUAGGCAGGUCUCCGAAAUGCAAAAUCAGUGCACUAGUGGAUGGCCAAAGGGCAAAAUUCUUGUGUAAGAAGAAGCAGAAAAUAGGCAUGGGUUCUCUGUGGGUUGAACUGCGAGGUGAGUUCCAGUGGUUGCUCUUGAUCACAAUUCAGAAAAGGGGGAAGAAGGUGCACGGAGAAGUCUUUUGCUUUCCUUUGAAGAAAUUGAGAUGGAGUGGCCUUCAAGAAUCAUGCACGAUGGGCUAUUGAACUGAAUUGAAUCUUUGAAUUGCAGGGUUAUCCUGCAGCUUACAGAAUGGCCCAGACGCCUGCAGCUGCAGCAACAGCAACAGCUUAUAGUGAUGGGUAAGUCUGAGACAGGUUGUGUGCCUUGUCCAAUGACCCUAGAGCAUAGGUAGGCAAACUAAGGCCUGGGGGGCAGAUCUAGCCCAAUCACCUUCUCAAUCAGGCCCGCGGAUGGUCCGGGAAUCAGCAUGUUUUUACAUGAGUAGUUAUCUCCCGCUUGGACUACUGCAAUGCGCUCUACGUGGGGCUACCUUUGAAGGUGACCCAGAAACUAAUCUAGAAUGUGGCAGCUAGACUGGUGACUGGGGGUGGCCACCGAGACCACAUAACACCGGUCUUGAAAGACCUACAUUGGCUCCCAGUAUGUUUCCGAGCACAAGUCAAAGUGUUGGUGCUGACCUUUAAAGCCCUAAAGUGCCUAGGCCCAGUAUACCUGAAGGAGCAUCUCCACCCCCAUUGUUCUGCCCGGACGCUGAGGUCCCGCUCCGAGGCCUUCUGCGGUUCCCUCACUGCGAGAAGCAAAGCUACAGGGAACCAGACAGAGGGCCUUCUCAGUAGUGGCGCCCGCCCUGUGGAACGCCCUCCCAUCAGAUGUCAAAGAGAUAAACAACUACCUGACAUUUAGAAGACAUCUGAAGGCAGCCCUGUUCAGGGAAGUUUUUAAUGUGUGACAUUUUAAUGUAUUUUUAAUUUUUGUUGGAAGCUGCCCAGAGUGGCUGGGGAGACCCAGCCAGAUGGGUGGGGUACAAAUAAAUCAUCAUCAUCAUUAUCAUCUUUGGGUUAUUUGUGGGGCAUAGGAAUUUGUUCAUCCCCCCCCCAAAAAAUAUAGUCCAGCCCCCCACAAGGUCUGAGGGACAGUGGACUGGCCCCCUGCUGAAAAGGUUUGCUGAUCCCUGCCCUAGAGGCUUAUCUGAUUAUCUCCUCUCUCGGGUCUUUUGGUUCACAGGUAUGGACGGGUCUACACUACUGCCGACCCCUAUCAUCACACCGUGACCCCCGCCUAUGGAGUCGGUGCCAUGGUGAGUCACUGCAUUAAUGGCCAGGUGUAUCGCGUCCCCAUCACAGAAUCGCAAAGCUGGGUGGGCAUGGAAGACCAUGUGUGCGGAAUCACCCGCUGCAAGGCAGGAUCAGCUCAGGCGAUCUAGUUCCCAGCAAUGUAAGCACUGAGCAGGCAGAGUGGAGGAAGUUGCUUCAAGAGCAGCAGUUUAGCUUCAGAAGAUAAAUGCAAGUGAGGCAUUUAUCCCCUGGGGAUGAGCUGGCUUUUUUGUGGCUGCUUCAUAAAAAGGUUGGGAAAUGUCUGCCUGUUUGGAGUGAGGACUGUGCUUUCUGAAUUGGCUUUAUUUGCCCUUGAUGAUGUCAACCUGCAGCCAAACUGGUUAUGCAGAAUUGCAGUAUUGUUCCAUUUACUGCCUGUACUGUGAUUCGGUCACUGCCCAUGUGACUAAUAGAGGACAAGGAGGAAGACACAGUGAUUAGAAGAUUGUGUCUAGCUGCAACAGGGGUAAAUAAUGAGCUGGGUCCAUGUUUGCUGCAGGUAGUUCCUGAUGAAAUCUGAGGGACUUUGAAGUCAUGACUAACUUGUCCCACUGAUGUCAAUGGGGCCAAGUUUAAGCAACAGGAGUUAAAGUUCUGUGUUCACUUACUUGGGAGUAAGUCCCACUGAACUGUAUGGGAUAUAUUUCUGAAUAUAGGAUAUAGGAUUGCCCUGUCAUACCGGAUUCAGCCCAUUGUCUGCAAACAUGACUGCGAGCAGUAAUUUCAGCUUUAGAAUCAUAGUGGGGGACGAUUUGGCUUGGCUAUUUAUUUUUUUUUAAAAGAGGAAGGAACAAACAAACAAGCAAACAGCUGUUUAAUAAACUACCAUAAUGUAAUAAUAGAUCAAAAGAAUACAGCUGUUCAUACAAGGGACUAGGAGGCAGUAGGUUUUCCAUGAAGGAUCAGAAACAGAAAAGCUAAAGUCAUUAAAACCAAACUCUGGUGUGCUGUUUUAAGAGAGGACCAUCAUAGAUAUCUGAAAAUUCUCAUCGCAAUUCUGGGUGUAGCUUGACUGCGUCCCUGAAAAAUUCCCAGCAGAUGGCAGUGUUUACCUGUCUAUUAAGGGUCUUCUACUUUUUCAAAUAACAAGCAUGUACAAUCCCUCUUCCUUUUGCUCCUAUGUGGGAUUCGAGGUUCGGUGCUUUGUUUGGCAGCUUAAUAAGUUCUGACGGAAAUGAAAGAGUGUGUUGAGCUUGAGCAUUAGAAAUGUCACAGUGUCUGAUUUAGCCCAAACUUCUGACCUGAGGACAGCCUUGCAACUCCCCAAAGUAGGGUGGUUGGUGGGAAUUCUGUAUAGCAUGUGAAGGGGAAGCCUAGACAGACAGGAAGCAUGGGUCUCUCAGGCUUCCUGUCCUCUGUAUCUUCCUUUCAAAUAAUCUAGAGCUGCAGGCACCUUAUUCGUUGGGGAAGAGAGCCCCCAAGAGGAAUUCUUCCUAACUUUCUGUUACCCACCCAAGGUUAAAAAAACCCCCAACAACUUGAGGGUGCCAUGGUGCUCACAUAUGGUGUAUUCUCGAUUUAUGUGGUUGAUCUAUGAGGGAUGAAUUGUGUGAGUCUUCCUAUCUUUAGGCAGAGAGCUAAAAUAGCUUAUGAUGGUGAUCCCAUAUACCAGUAGGGAAUGCUUUCAAUAAAGAUCCAUCUUUAGUUAAAACAGUGCCAUCCAUGCAGAAGAGGGAAGGUACUGAAUGGUUUAGAGAGGGACCCCAAAGUUUGUAGAAAUGCAACACACACACGGAUAGGAGAUAAUCAGGACUUAGCAGGCUCAGUGGCCAUGGAAAACUGACUGGGAGAGAGUGUAGAAAACUGGUGGUGGUGGUGGAAUAACCUGGGGAAAGGGGCAUGGCUGGAAUACUGAACAGAAGUGCUCUACACUGCCACAUUUUGUUGCGGAUCCUAUGUAAUUUCUACAAUGCAGACACCUGCACUUUAUUUUACUACUACUACUAUUACUAUAUUAUUUAUACCCCUCCCAUCUGGCUGGGCCUCCCCAGCCACUCUGGGCAGCUCCCCACGGAAUAUUAAAAACACGAUAAAACAUCAAACAUUAAAAACUUCCCUAAACAGGGCUGCCUUCAGAUGUCUUCUAAAAGUCAGAUAGUUGCUUAUCUCCUUGACAUCUGAUGGGAGGCCGUUCCACAGGGAGGGCACCACUACCGAGAAGGCCCUCUGCCUGGUUCUCUGUAACCCCAUAUCUAGCAGUGAGGGAACCGCCAGAAGGCCAUUGGAGCUGGACCUCAGUGUCCAGGCUGAACGGUGGGGGUGGAGACGCUCCUUCAGGUAUACUGGGCCAAGGCCGUUUAGGGCUUUAAAGGUCAGCACCAACACUUUGAAUUGUGCUCGGAAACGUAAUGAAUGUAAAUAGACAAUUCCCUGCAGAGUUCCCAGUUUAACAAUAAAACUGUAGGAGGUACCAGAGGAAGAGAAUAAGAUAGCAAGAGGGGUUACAUGAUGUAUAGGCUUUGCUAUGGGGAGGUGAUGAGGAUUAAGAAGUCAACGUAGCUUUGUUUUGUUAACUCUUUCCUGUCUUAUUAUUUUGACUUUUCCUCCUGUACAACUUUCCCUUCACACGCCUGCUCCCUCUCUUUCCGGCAGGCCAGCUUGUACCGAGGAGGAUGCAACCGUUUCACUCCGUACUGA